UUCUACAAAAAAACUACAAUUGCAAACUAUUCUUAUUUAAAGGAUUUGGCAGGAAAACCACAAGAAAGCGGAAAUUGUUUGAAACGUGAUUGUGAAGUUGGCAUAACUGAAUUUGUUUCACAAUGCCAAGGCUUUUCAGCUGUUGUGGGACACCGUUUCUUUGACACCCAGAUACAUGAAAUCUCUUUGGAUAGAUCCAUUGUUCAUUUAACAACCAAGCACUCUCCUGGUUCAAGUUUUGUUGUCAAACGUUAUCCAACAGAGGAGGAGCAACUUGCUGUUUUUGAAGCUGAAAAGUGGAACACUAUUGAAGAUAUGGUAGAAAGUGGGAAACCAGAGGUCGUUGAAAUAGAUGUCACUGGAAAGAGUAAAGCAGAAAAAAAGAAGAUGCAGAAAAUUUUAAAGAUGAAAUAUGAUGAUGUUGUCAACACUACAGUCUCUGUUGAUGGCAAAAAUAUCCUGAAGAUUUUCAAAAAAAGAAAAAAUAAUCGGCAAGGACGACAACAAAGAAAGGUAUCAACUUAUACUCAAUUCGUCAUGUAUAAGGAAAACCAUACUACAAUGGAGGCACUGAACACAAUUGCCCAAAAACUGAAGAUGGAAUCCGGAUGUUUUACGACAGCUGGAACCAAAGAUAAAAAAGCUAUUACAAGUCAGCUGGUAACCGUAAAAAACGUGGAACCGCAUUUGCUGUUCAAAAGUAUGAAAGAUAAUGCAAGCAUUUCAGUUGGCAACUUUUCCUGCACGGAAAAUCCUCUUCGUUCAGGAAGCCUGAGGGGCAACCGUUUCACCAUUGCAUUAAGAAACGUCAUUGGUGAUGAGUGUAAAAUCUCUGCAAACCUUAAUUCACUGAAAGAAAUGGGUUUCGUCAAUUACUACGAACCUCAACGCUUUGGAACGCGACAUAUACCGACGCAUAUCAUUGGAAAGCAACUGCUUUUAGGGAAAUGGAAAGAGGCCAUAAAUUUGAUUUUAGAUCCUGGAGAUUUAAAUGGCAAUUUGCGAUAUGUUUCCGACGUUACAAGGGCUCUUGUCGAGUACAAAUCGUCAAAUGACGCCCAAAAAGCUUUUGCUAAAAUAACACAGAACUUCCAAACAAUUGAGGCAAAACUCCUGUUAAACUUAACGAAAUGCGGGGAAGAUGUAGCUGCGUUGAAUACUAUAUCUCGUAACAUUCGAGUUACGUAUAUGCGCGCUUAUCAAUGUUUUAUAUGGAAUACCAUCGCCUCUAAGCGUCUUGCCACCUUUGGUUUGCACCCAAUAAUAGGCGAUUUAGUAUACGCAACAAAUAAUAAUAAAAACACCGACCAAGAAAACCAAAACUUAGAACUGGAGAAAAAUCCAUUGAUUGAAAUGGUAGGCGAUAGGGAUGAUUGUGAAACGAAUGAGCAAGGCAACCACCGGAAAGUUAUGUUCAUUGACGAAAACAACAUUCAUAAGUACACAGUCUAUGAUGUUGUUUUACCGCUACCUGGAUACCACACCGUUUAUCCGGCCAAUCAAAUUGCCUUUUGGUACCAAGAACUUUUACAGGCGGAUGGGUUGACGGACGCGGAUUUCAGUCGAAGCUUUAUGAUGUUUAAUCUUAGUGGCAUGUAUCGAUACAUGGUUUCAAAACCAUUCGAUCUGAAGUGGAAAUUCUUGCAUUACGAUGAUCCCAAUGCUACUCUCAUUCCGUCCGAUAGGGACCGAUUGAAAAAUAAGAAGCAGCUUCACCCUGCCAUACAAGGUAGUAAAUAUCGUGGACUUGUGUUCGAAUUCAGUCUCUCGGCCUUCGCAUUUGCAAGCAUGGUCAUCAGAGAGAUCACCAAGAUGGACAUGACUACAGAAUUUCAUGCGAACUUUAAAAGAACCAGGGAAAAUAAUCAAAACCAAGAGAGCCAUCCGUCGAGGGAAGGUGAGAGUAGUCAAAUCCAGUUUGAAUCAUGUAAAAGCCAAGAGUGUUCAAAAACACCCGUUGAGAUGAAGCAAAUGAACAAAGAGCCUGAUGUGAGCAAACAACAUGCAUUGGCAACAAAAAAAUCCUGCAAAGGACCUGAGUUUGAAGUAAAUGGAGUACAGUCGACCUCAAGCCAAAAUUCGGCCAUAUCUGCUAGAAUGGUGCCUGAAGAGCCAAUACCAAGAACUAUCAAAUUUGAACCAGGCAAGUGUGAGAAAUUCACACCAGCAGCCGCUGUUUCAGUCGAAGGAUCGCAAAUGAUUACAGUCAAGGAAGAACCGGGCAUCAGCAAACAACCUAUAUCAGGAGACAAAUAUAAAUAUGAAGAGCCUAAUGUGAGUAAAAUUUGGUUAGAGCCAGUCUUGGGCACAGAGCGAUUUCUAGCAGUAGCAGCGGUAUUUUCCGAAAAAUUUGAAACGAAAAUAAUUAAAAGAGAGCGGGGUGCCAGUAAAGAACCACAGCCAAUGCGAAUCUCGGAGGAAAACAAAUGCCAAACAUCUGAAAAAGAAACUACUGAUAGGCAGAAGCGUUUCCAUACGAAGAAAAUCAAAGAAGAGCAAAACAUUAGUGAAACGCCUACAUUAAAUUUCGGCAAGUCACUUGAAGAACCUCAGAAAAAGCGGAUUAAGGUCGAGCCAGUUAUAUUCCAAGAUCAUUCAGUCGUUACAACGACGCCAUUCAAAGAACCUAAAAAGGAGCCUAUCAUCGUAGUUGAUCUCACCUCCGAUCUUGAGGAUUAAGAUGAUAUUUCCAAUAUUUUUUUAAUUUCUUUUUUAAACUCUGUUUCGAUGAAUCGAGCAGAAGUUCGUUCAUUCUGCACCGUUACGUCCCUUACCAGUUCUGUGAUAACCCCAGUCCUUUUUUUUUGUUUGAAGCACAAAAACCAAUGGAGCAAAGUAAGAACGUUCGACUGGCAAUGAAUUGGCAAAGCCAAUCAACUGAAGUUGUUUCAUUUGUGUUUAGCUAAAUUUAUUUUGAGAACUUACUUUUGUUCGUAAAACAUUUGAUUUACUAUUUGGGAGUAUCUUGUGCUGUCAUGAAAGUGUGGCUCUACAUUUAUCAAAUAUGGAAACAUUUUUCAGAAACACUCCGUUUCGGAUGGACGUGGGAUGUUGAAAUUUCCCCGCCAUCCAGUCUAGCACUUCUGUUUGACCCUGUGUUUUUUUUGUAAAAUUUGUUCAAUAAACCAGGAACUGCAUAAA